ACUAGGAAUUUGGGUGAUGUUCCUGGCGCGAAAUCUUUAAGUUUAUGCCCCCCAUCUAAAUACCUCGUUACACGUUAAUAUUAGCAUAUAUUUUAGCCUGGUGAACGACAGAACAAAUCUAAACCUCAAGAUAAACAUGUCAGUGACGAAGUGAUGAAUUUCUAGUUGUUUCUAUAUCAGAGGUUGCUGGCUACGCAGUAUGUGUGACGAGACGAACAUGACCGAGGCCGGAGCGGAGAGAGACCGGGGGAAGAAGACAUCAAAAUCGGUUUGUGUUUAUGACUGUCGCCCGGAGAGCAGCGCAGCGGCGGGGAGGACGAUAGACAUAGCGAACAUGGAUUACAAUGGCUUUCUGCAGGCUCUGAGACGGGAGUUUUCACUGUCGACAAACGAGACUUUCGUUAUAAGCACGACGGACCGAAAAGAGAUUGACGAACAACUGUACAAGGAGUUGGUUGAUGGGAAAACCUUGCAACUGUUGAAGUCUGUGAAUCAGGAGCUGCCUAUGGCGAUUCAAGAGCGGAUCGAGUAUCUGCCGCACUAUCAUACUCUAGUGCAAUGUGGCAUGUAUGAGUACUACGCUAGCGAAGGACAGAAAGCAUUGCCCUAUGCUUUUGCUGAGCUCAUUGAUAACGCGCUGUCAGCCACUGGAAAAAACACGGAAAUCAGGAGAAUUGAAAUCAGACUGCUUUUCGAUGAGUCUCAGGGAGGACCUGCUGUCGUGGUGAUAGAUAAUGGAUGUGGAAUGACAUCUAAACAGCUGAACAACUGGGCCGUUUACCGUCUGUCAAAGUUUAUUCGAGAAAAUGACACGGUUCAAAGCGACAAACCCGGUUAUGUGCGACCAAGUCCAGUUCCACGCAGUCUGAACAGUGACAUCUCAUAUUUUGGAGUCGGAGGCAAACAGGCUGUGUUUUACAUCGGACAGUCUGUCAGAAUGAUCAGCAAACCUGCAGGCUCUCCAGAUGUUCAUGAAUUUUUCAUGUCUAAAGAAGACUUUGAGCGCAAGGAGUUAAAAAAGGAAGAUAUUUACUCUGGCUUCAUUAGAAACAGGAAGCCUGGGGAUUGCUCGCAUGUGAAUGUCAGCAAUGAGCAGUUUCUGCAGUCUAUUGUGAUUGAAGAAGAUGGGAAGGAGAGUUUCACUGCAGUUGUCAUCACUGGAGUCCAGCCAGAUCACGUCACCUACCUCAAACAGUAUUUCAAUCUGUGGACUAGAGAGUUAGCGCAUACUUACCAUUAUUAUAUACACGGAGCUGAUGGAAAAGACACAAGAAAAAUGAGAAAAACUGGCAAUUUCUCCAACAUUGAUAUUCAGAUCAGUUUGUUUGAGCGUUCCACUCGAGUUCCCCGUGUGGUGAAUCUGAGGGAUGUGGAUAAUGACAUGCAGACUCUGUAUGUCAGCUCCAGUGCUUCUACGUUUGAGUUUAAAGCCACGGGCACUAGAGAUUCCUUAGUGGAGGGAUUGAUCCGAUAUCACCCGUUCCUCUACGAUCAAGAAACAUACCCAGUGGAUCCAUAUGCUGCCUCAGCAGGUCCUUCCGAGGAUGAAGAUGAAGAUUGUGUAGUUUUGAACCCCGAAGGCCGUGGCAAAAGACCAAUCUUUGAGUGCUUUUGGAAUGGACGGCUCAUUCCCUACACUACUGUCUCAGAGUUUGAGUGGUGUAAAAGGCCUAAGAAAGCAGGUGCGGUGCCUUUUGAGUGUUAUAACCGGAUUUCAGGAGUUCUCUUCGCCAAUGACCGAUUCCAAGUCAGCACCAACAAACUUACCUUUAUGGAUCUGGAGCUUCAACUCCGUGACAAAGAGACCAUUUUUACGCGAGUGAACAAUGGCCAGGAGCAGCGAGUGAAGAUUGAGAGGGAGUUUACUAACUGGUUAAAGGAAUGUCAUGAGCGCUUUGAUAAGCAGGUGAUGUUUCAAGGAUUUCAGGGUGUGAUGACGCGUGAGGAUGUCCCGAAACGCCUUCAGUCACCCUGGGCUCAAUACAAAGCCAUUAAGUGGGACGGCAAGACUUACAAAAAAGGACAAUUAGUGAAAUCAGUGAAAACUCAGCCCAUCUUCUUUGGCUCUAUAGUUCAGUUCUUGCUUCACGGACACACUGAAGGUGAUGUGUACGCCACUGGAGGAUAUGCCCAGAUUGCUCUGGAACCGAAGGAGUUGUAUGAUGAGCAAAGAAUCAUUCCCAUCUUUAAGAUCGACAGACUGGUCACAGACGCAGCCAUUAAGGAACACAUUGAUAAUGAGCUCACAAAACUUCCAGACCAGUUGAGGGUUACAUGGCCUGAUGGAAACGCUUGGGCUGAGAAAGAUGUUCGUCCAGCUGGGACACCCAUGGGUCCGAUUAAAGUGGAUAUAUUGAACAAAAAUGGAGAAUCGAUGUCUCGACUGCCUGUGGGCGGCAAUUCUAAGAAACUUGGACUGAAAGUUGAACUGAAAGUCAUCUGGCACUCUCCUAAAGGAGAUGUCGAGACUAACACUUACACUGGAGUGCAUUCACCCAAAUGGGAAUACUGGUUCAAGGCCAUGGAGAAUCUCAGUAAGCUUGGGAUGUACACACUGCAUCUGCAGACUAUUCUUAAUGACAACCAAUCCGAUGAAUGGGCUGGAAAAAAACUACCCAAUUACACCCUCAAUUUCUCGAUUAAAGAAGGUGAGGCAGUAUAUUUUAAGCUAGGCAUGGUUUCUACUCCUGUCCAUGUGGGAGUUCCCUUCAAUAUUCCUCUAGACUUUAAGGAUGAGUUUGAAUAUCCCACUCAGCCACCCUGUAACAUUGAACCUCAGCUGGAAUGUGGUUCACUAAAGUUGAGCUAUGAAGGGAUUGCAUUCGGGACCACUUCUGUCAUUAAAAAUGUGAGGGUCAUGGGAAAGAUCAGCCGUCAAAGCAAGAUGUACACAGUGAAGGUCCACAUCCCAGGACUGAAGGAGAACAACCAGUCUCUUCAAAUUCUUCUGCAACCCGGCCCGCCGCACACUCUGGUCGUGUUUCCGGAGGAAGGCAUGCUCUCUGUCGAAAAUAGGACUCCAGCGAUCUUAAAAGUGGAAGUUCACGAUGAGUACCGAAAUAUCACCACUCAUCCUAAACUCGUGGUCCGCUGCCAGUUGCUGGGAGCCCCUGAUCUGCCGACGGAUGUGUUGGACUGCAGUAACACUGGCUCUGGACUCAUGCUGACCAAACCACUAAUGCUGAAGACCGUAAACACUGAAAAAAUCCUUACUGCAAAGUUCAACAUUCCUAACCAUAAAACCGUGGCGUGUGUGGAACGUCAAUUGCGCAUCUUGCCCAGCACACAAAUAUCUCGUUUGGAGGUCUACAGACAGGAAGAGGGCUCUGAUGAUGUCAUGGUGCUGCAAAAUUUGGAACGAAUUGAUUGGACGGCAGGAGACACACUAGGAAACCUGCACUUCAGACUGUAUGACGAGGGCAAUAGACUGGUUCCUCUUCUGCCAAAUAUUACCAGCAAGAUUAAGGUGAAUUGGACCGCAAAGUUAAACGCAGAAGAACUUUCUCAAGGAAAACUGCCAGAUUUGUGUGUUCCAACUCAAGCUCAGAAAGAGCAUUACUGCGAUGUGUCUUUCCACGACCAGCACUCGGUCAACAUGUCUUUUUUAAUUGUGCCUCGUCCAGAUGAGCCUGAGCGUUUGCGGGUCAACCUCUUUGAGUCGUCUGUCAAAAUGGGCGAAAUUCUCUCAGGAAACAUAUAUGUAGAAGUGAUUGAUCAGUAUGGGAAUAAAACAGACUGUCUAAAUGCUGAAAGUGUGAAGACUUUGAGUGUGUCUGCGGAUAACUUGGAUAAAGGAGCUCUGGUUGUAGAAUGGCAGGCCAGUAUUGGGAAAUUAUCGGUAUGCGGUGUCCGGUUCAUGACGGGAUCUCUUGGCCCAAAAGAGUUGUGUUUUAAGUAUAUGGACAUGAUGGAAUGUGCACGAAUUGAAGUUACUGCGGGACAUCCGGCUAAGAUAAUUCUACUGGAGAAGCCAGAGAUUCCUUUCCAGGUCAUGAAUGGCCAUGGCUUGGACACACCACUGGUCAUGCAGCUGUGUGAUAAAUGGGGAAAUCCUUCUCCAGAUCAGCGGAUUGAGGUUGAGAUGAACACUCUGUACUCAGAAUUAAAGAUAAAGUCCUCAGUGACGUCUCAGCCUGUAGAUUCCGAAGGAAAAGCUUGCUUCAUAUUAGAAAGUAUAAGUGGUCCAAAAGGGGAGCAUCAUUUGGAAUUCAAGGGAUGUUUUGGCAAGAAAGCCAUUCCAGGGCCGGUAAUUAGAUUAAAUCUGAUUCCUGAUCCCAACAAGCCUGAUAAACUCUGCAUUGAGUAUGACAGCGCUGCCAAAUUAUGUGCUGGAGAGGUCUUUCCAGAGUUUACAGUGUUUGUGAUGGCUGAAGAGGGUGGGCCAGUAAAAAACAUCUGCCCAGCAAGUCUUUCAAUGCUGCUCUGGAAAGGCAUAGCAUCAGGGUCCAGACCACACCCUGCAGCCUCUGCUCUGAGGUGUAGUAAACGCAAGGACACCGAAAAGGAUGAGUGUUUCUGCUUCAGGGAUAAGCAGAUUCCAGAACUUGCAGGAAAGUACGUUGUCCAAUUUGUUUUGGCUUUGGACAAAACCAAACAUCUGUGGAGCAAACAGAUUGAACUAAACGUUGUUCCCAAUAAAGCAAUGAAAUUAGCCCCUGAGACUCCACCUUCAACUCCUGUUGUCUCUAAUAGUAACAUUCGGGCCAAUCGCACACUGGUGGACAGCUUGAAUCUAAAGAUCAUGGACCAAUAUGAUAAUGCUGCUGGUGAAGGUAUAGAUGGAAAAGUGGUGGUUGCAGUUAAAGGCACUGGAGACAUGGUGGUUCCUUUGUUUGAGAAUGGAGAAAAUAGUUUGUCAUACAGCCUUACUAAUGGGGAGGCUCUCAUUACUGAUUUGGUUCUUUUGGAGAACAGUCCUGGUAGUGAUGGAGCUGAGUAUAUUCUCCAGUUCCAUCCUGAGUUUCAGCUGACUAGUGUUACCAUCACUCCAUACAGCCUGCCUUUCAGAUUCUGCAAUGAUUCAGAACAUCAGGAAGUCAUUUCAAAUCUCAGUAAGAAGAAAGAUCGUCUUUCCAAGACUGUUUUGAUGUACCGGGAAAUCUUUGAGACCAAUGAACAACUGAAAUCUGAACUUGAGUGUCUGGUGCGAGAUGCAUCCCACAAAAUAAAUGAGCUUAAACCAGAGCUCAUGAACAGUGGCUUAGACAUAUCAAAACUAACCUCGGUAUCAGAAAUAAAGGAUUUAAUAAAUGCCAACAAAGCAAUUUUGGUCAAGAUGGAGAAUCAACCUAGACGGAAAUGUAGCAUUCUUGACCCUUUCAAAGGCAGUCCGCACGUUCUGGGAAAGGUAGGUCAUCUGGCACAGGUUGAGGAUGAUGAUGCAGCGAAGGUGAUCUCUUGGCAUAUCCUUGGCGACAUGGACUGUGUGGUUACUGAAACAACAUCUGCUGCCAAGAAAAUCUAUGAUGAUACACAAGGACGACAACAAGUCUUACCCCUCGAGACCGUCUUCUGGAGACCAAAUGACAGGCCAUUGCCUCACAUCAGGAAUGGCUCGUCUCUCUUCCGUCCACUUGGAAAUCCUGUGUUUGUCAAAGAUUUGCUCAUUUAUCCUGAGCAUGUAGAAGGCUGCAAUAAAGUUUUUGCAACCCUUCUUGGAGAAACCAUAUUAAUUGAUGAUUUGGAUUCUGCUAAUCACUAUCGUCGGGGGGUGGUUCAAAAUAAGAUGCAGUGCCCCACACUCCUAACGCGCCAAGGGGAGCGGAUACGCAGCAACGGGAAGUUUGGUGGUUUGCAGAACAAGGCUCCACCCAUCGAGAAACUUCGAGGGCAAGUCUUUGGGGCACCAUUACCCAAAGAGUACAAACAUACAUGCCUUCAGAUAGAAUUAUUACAGCAGUACAGUGGUGCAAUGCAGAAGGCCUCUGAUGUCGAAUUUGAAUAUAAAAAUCAUUUCCAGUACCUGCAGAGUCCUCAGAUGAAACAGAAGCGACAAGAGCUCAAGCAGCAAGAGGAAGAGUUAAAAGAACUUGAGCAAACCCUUGCCAGAACUCCUGAAAAAAGAAUGAAACGAAGCCUCGAGCCUGAAACUUCUGAGCCCUCAGUCCCUCCUAAACGGAUCCGUCGCAAACCUUGCAAGCUGGCAGAUUCAUGAUGCACCGAGCUGACAGUUGAAGCAAUGCUGUAGUUUCUUCAGAGUAUCAAAGAUUGUUUUGUCUUUGUAAAUCCUGCUCUUUUUUUUUACUUUAAACUCUUUACACGUUGUUUUAAAUUCCAGGAUUUAAGAAGAAAGCAAAAAAAGAAAAGUUAAUAUAUUUUGUAUCGUUCUUUGGGGAAAAAAAAAACAAGUUUUUUCAGUAA